UGGUGUAAUGGUUUCGCUCUCCACUUCCGAGGACAGUCGUACUGUCAGGAGAAGGAAGCGCCCGAAACGGGUCGGAGUCACUGUAACAGUGAGCCUGCAGACCCAACCCCGGAUCGAACCUAAAUUUAGUAAUCUCACCCCUACGUUCCUGUCUGUUGCGAUGCUUCUGUCUUGAAGUUCAAGCCUGCAAGAUAGUUCAGUUCAAUAAUUUACACAGCAAUUUAUACAGCUGCAGAAAAUGGUCCAACUUACUGGAGUGUGCAAUUUCGAAAAAAAGGAUCGAAAUGAUGGGACGAGCAAUGGGAACCCCAGGAUCUCUCAUGUGUCGGGGGUCAGUCAGCACUUAUACAGCCCAGCUCCCUCGCUGUCUCAGUCUGGCACCUCAGAUUUCCAGCACCCAUAUUUUCCUCCCCCAUAUCAACCACUGCCUUAUUCCCAGUCAGGCGAUCCUUAUUCUCAUAUUGGAGAUCCGUUUUCCAUGAAUCAUCUUCAUCAACCUCCACCACCCCCACCUCACAGCCAGCAGCAGGCCUGGCCUGGCCGUCCUAGUCAAGAGCCUUCAGGCAUUUCACACCACGCACGGGCAGGCCUGGCGCAUCAUCUCUCAGCAUUGGAGGCAGGCUCUGCAGGCAACAAGAGGGAGCUCUACCGGCGACCAGAACUCUUACUGUCACACAGCCAAGUUCUGGACCAUUCUGCUUUGAGUGACACCUUGGGACUACAUGACAUGGGGCAACAACUGGAUGAUGUGCAGCAUAUGGAAGACCAAAACAUGGUAACAGACCACACUGUUAUUAAGAAAGUUCCACUGCCUAUGGGCAGAAACACUGGUAUGAGUAUUCCUUAUCAAAAAGACAGUUUGCUCGGAGCAGUAGUGAACCCAAGUGAAGUAUUCUGUUCUGUUCCUGGAAGACUGUCCCUGCUGAGUUCUACACCCAAGUAUAAAGUUACAGUAGCAGAGGUUCAGAGGCGACUGUCACCACCAGAGUGUUUAAAUGCUUCUUUAUUAGGUGGUGUUCUAAGAAGAGCAAAGUCAAAAAAUGGUGGGCGAUCACUCCGUGAAAAGUUAGACAAAAUAGGCUUGAAUCUUCCAGCUGGUAGAAGAAAAGCUGCAAAUGUCACCCUCCUGACAUCAUUAGUAGAAGGUGAAGCUAUUCAGUUGGCUCGUGACUUUGCAUACGUCUGUGAGACAGAAUUUCCGGCUAAAGCAGCAGCAGAGUACUUAAGUCGGCCACAUAUAGAGCGGAAUGAAAUGGCAAACCGAAAAAACAUGCUUCUCGCUACAAAGCAGAUAUGCAAAGAAUUUACAGAUCUACUCACACAAGACAGAACUCCGCAUGGGAAUUCGAGACCAGCCCUGAUCCUGGAUUCAAGCAUUCAGGAGUGCUUAACACACUUCAGUCUAAUUACACACGGUUUUGGGAGUGCUGCCAUCUGUGCCGCCAUGACCUCUAUUCAGAACUAUUUAAAUGAGGCCCUGAAAAUUGUGGACAAAAUGUACAUGACCUCAAGUGAUCAGAGCCCAGCAGAAAAGCAAAACCUUGAUAAAGUGGACAAGCACAGAAAAUGAAUAAUCAGCAAAGGGCUAAGAAUUAAAAAUGGAAAACUAUGAACUUCUCUUUAAAUGAUCAAUCCUUGAUCUUGCUUUAAAGGACGAGUGGAACAUUGUAUUUCUUCAAGAAAAUUUUUCAGAAUUUUCAUGAAGCAGGCCCGUGGAUUUGUGGUAUGCCUUUUAAGCUGCCAUAUUCAUUUUCUUUUUUCUUUUUUACUUGGAGACACACUUUGCUCUUGUAUAGUUCAUAUUUGUAAAUAGUUUAUGUAUUCACAGUUAACACUGACUGUACAUUUAAAAGACCAAACGCUUUAAGCGCAAAAUAAAAAAAAACAAAAUAUGA